GUGGGUCCGGUCGCCUGUUGGUCGGAGCUGCACCAGACGGCGUCAUCUACAACAACCCCCUGCUGGACGGUACAACAACUCCAAAGUCAAAUAACGCUUCGAGGCCGGCAGAAUCUUCCUCUGAGAUCAACGGAAACUGGCAGGCUAUUGACUACGACGGGCCCAAAUACCUGGACCUUUCCGCAGAUUGUCCGCGGCCGAGAUGGCGUCGCAAGCCGAUUUCCGCGACAGGCAGUUCCUGGCUGUGAUUGGGGACGAGGAUUCUGUCACUGGCCUGCUCCUGGCCGGCAUUGGUCAUGUCACACCGCCGCCAGACAACCAGAAGAACUUCCUUGUGGUAGACGCCAAGACAGAUAAUGCCACCAUUGAAGCGACGUUUGAGAGGUUUACGACAGAGAGAAAGGACAUUGGCAUAGUCUUAAUCAAUCAACAUAUUGCGGACCGGAUACGACAUCGGAUCGAUACAUACACGCAGGCAUUCCCGAGUAUUCUCGAGAUUCCAAGCAAAGACCACCCUUACGACCCAGAGAAGGACAGCGUCUUGCGGAGGGUGCGUCGGUUGUUUGGAGAAUAGGUCUAGCGCUGGAUUAGAGAAGGAGGGACAAAUAGCGCAGCCGCCUAGCCAGCCUGGCGUUGUG